AAAGCGCGCGAAUCAUAAAGGCUCAUCGCGAACUUUUCGUUACGUCUGUGGGCUCACGAUGGCGCCGGUGAGCAUUAAAUAUAUUGUUUCAUUCUCUUCACAGGACACUGUUCACAAAGUAUUCAAUCUUCUGGAUUCUGGUGGGGAAAAGAAAUGGCUGAGUGACCCUAAAGAUAGAUCUGGAACUUUGGAAGCCAUUUUUCAGUUGGACCAACCAUGUCACCUUGCCUCUAUUGACAUUGGUCUAAUAUGGUGUGCUACUCUGGAUGUUCGAGUGGGAAGGUCAGACUGGCCUCAGGGUCAGGAGUACAAGGCACUUGCUCCAACCCAGACAUUGAUGUCUUUAACUGAUUGUCGUUUGGGGCGAGCAAUGACACGUACAUGCAUGUUAACAAAAGCUCAGUUUCAUCAGGAAGCAGCAGCAUCAGAAUGGGACAGAGUGCACGUGGUGUGUCGUCAGCCUUGGCGAAAGGACGUUCAGCUUGGCCUUCUCUUUUUGCGAUUGCGUUCAGAUGAUACGAAUAUUCCUGAGGCAAUAGUUGUUGCUAACAAAUCACCUAAUGUUCGCCAGACAGUACCUCAGCAAAGUGUUGAAUCCAUAAAGCAACACUUCUUUGGGAAAAAAGAGGACAGUGGUAUUGACAGAAAUGAUACCCUCAAGUCUCAUCUUAAAAAAUUAGUGGCUAACAGCGGUGGAGGUGAUGCUACAGCUCUGCCAAGGGUAGCUCAUAUGGUUCUAACAGCCAAUCAGCAUUCCCCAUGCCCUGCACCACCAGAUGCACUUCAGUCACCAAAAGGUCUUUAUUCAAGCCAUGUUGCACAGCAGGGAAAACCACAGAUAGAGCAGGAGAUGAAAGAUUUUCUUGCAAAACUUGAAAAAAGGGACCUUGACCUUGAUAAGGUGAAAAUAUCAGAUCUACGCCAUAAAUUUGAGAAACAAAAAUGGCGAAAGCUGACUUCAGAAGAAAAGCAGACAUUUUUUGUCUUUUGUCAAGACUUCUUUGCUGACUUAUAUGAAGGUGACAUAACUGUGAAAGGUGGAGGAGCAGCUUCUCUGCAAGAAUUUCCUGGAGGAUCUCCAGUUAACCAGGAAGUUAAAGGUGAUUCUGCAUGUAGUACAAGUCAACUUGCAUCAGGAUCGUCUUGUGGAAAAGGGGCCCGAACAUUGUCAAGUUCUAAGAAACUGCAAACAUCAGGAAAGGAGUCUGAGAAUGUGCAAAGUGUACAUCAGGCUUCCAACCAGCCACAGAACCCAGAUCUUAAGCCAUCUGUGCCAGUAAAGGAAGAGGAAGUGACCAGAAAAGACUUAAAUAUUUCAGAAAAAGAUUCAUUAACAGGCUCUUCUGCGGCUAAAAAGCGACUUGUUCUGUCGCCACCGAGUGUGAAAAGAGCAGUUUCCAAGAGCAUUGGAAAUGAGAAGAUUGAUUUGGAGGGUAGUUUACUUGGUUCUGUAUCUAAGACUAAGGAACUAAGAGUUCCCAUGUCAACAAGCAGUGUGCACAACAGCUCAGAUUUGUGGCUCAACAGCAGAAAUCAGGUGGAAACGAUGAGUGAAAUGCAAACAUGCGAAAUUUCCAGAUCUUGUGGAAGGGGCAGGAAAGGCAGGGGUCGUGGAGCAAGAGGAAGGCAAGCAGCCAGCACCUCAAAGCCAGAAGCAAAGAAGCAGAAAAUGUCUGUCUCCUUUGACUAUCCCGCCAGACAAAAAAGAUUUAAGAAAUGUGCAUUUGAUCAGAAUAGUAGUGAUGACAGUGAUGCAUCUUCAGGCUGUGACCUUUUGGACUAUCCCGCCAGACAAAAAAGAUUUAAGAAAUGUGCGUUUGAUCAGGAUAGUAGUGAUGACAGUGAUGCAUCUUCAGGCUGUGACCUUUUUGAAGAAUGCCCUUUUUGUGAUGAGAUGUUUCCCCAUGACCAAAUAGCAGUGCAUAUGGUCCAUUGUUGUUAAUGAUGUAAAGUCUGUUCACUACAAUUUCAUUUUGUGGAUGUAAAAUUUGUUUGCUACAGUUCCAUUUUGUGCUUUUUAGUGGGAUGUUAAGAGAUGUAUUGAUUUUUGAAAAUGAUGGCUAAAGAUAGGUCAGAAUCUAAUGACUUAAAUAAAUGAAAAACAGGAAAAAGUAUGUAAACAAUUUUGGACUUAAGUAUUAGAUUUAGAAAUUAUGAAAAUAUGGAUAUGUGAAAUAUCCUCAGAGGUGCAGUUCUAUAUGCCUACAGCUGCACUUUAUUCCGAAAUAUUGCUGAUCAUGUGUUCACUUAUACAAAAUCUUUUCACCAUGCUUCAGCAAAUUUUAAGCUUCUUGAAGAAUUUGUUGUGGAAUCGUGAUGUUUUUAUCGUCCAAUUCACUGAUAACACUCUGUAGGUUUUUAGUUUUCUUUUUCUUGCACUUGUUUUAUGCAGCUUUGUUAAGCUUUCCUUUCUCAGUCCUCCCUGUGUGUACAUAUUGCCAUCUCUUGCCUUGGUACCUUUUCUCCUAUGGUAUCUCUUUGAAGUCUUUAAAUUUUUUUUAAACAUUUCUUCAGCUGAAAUCAGUAGGCUGCAGACACAUAAAAAAAAAAGAAAUCUGUAAACUAAAUAGCCUCUAUAACUACUAAAAGUUGAAAAUGAUGAAAUUAUUACAAAAUUUAUCCUUUCAAAUGGAUUUUGUGAAAUACUAGAUCACAGCCAUAAAGUACAAGCUGUUUCUCAAGUAAAAUUUAGUUUCUGUAACCUAAUUUUGCCUGAGUUCUGUUCUGACUGUUAAUAAUGUUACCUCUAGGGUCUCUCUUCUUUCCUUUGACCCCUGCAAGGAAAGGGUAAAAGAUAGCAGGUCAGCAGUGAGAUGGUAACAGGAUGACAAAGAAAUGGGUAGUUUUUCAGUGCUGGCUAUGAACUUAACACAGCAUCCUAGAUGUCCCAUAGCUAAUGCCUGCCAUUUUUAAAAAUAGCUGUUUGCUUUUAUGAAGUAUUUUGGGAAAAACUUUUCAAACAUAUUUUAUAUAUGAUAUCACAGAUUCAAUUACUGAGCUUUCUUGCCUCUGCUGUUAUCUUCACUAUUGCUAAACAGAAAUUAUGCAAAAUGUCUUGAAUCUUCCUGCAAGCAAGCAUAUGUGUAUAUGUGUGUGUAUGUUGAUAUAUACACACACACACACACAUAUUUUAAACAAAUUUGAGUCCAAGUUUAGGCUUCCUGCCACAAGUUUCUUGUUUCUUGAGUUUAAUGUACAAAAAGCUUUUUGCCAAGUUGAACCCUACAGACAGUAAUGCCAGAAAAUGCUUCAUUGACUUACUCUGAUUCCAGUCAUGGAUGCUGGCUGCAUCAGAAUCCUCAGGUAGCACCCAUCCCCCUGAUCUUGCUGAGGAGGAGCCUUCGGCUUCCACCUCCUGUUCUGAACUCAGAUCCUGUGCUGCAUCAGUUAGACUACCCAGCUGCACCCACAGAAACACAGCAAAAAUAUUAUCCAUGUCUAAUGUUUAUUAUUAUCACAGUAGUUGGGAGAGGUAGGGGGCAUAGUAAAUCCCUAAUAAUUGCACUGUUAGAAAUAAGUUGCUGAAGGGAAGAUGCUGCUAUCUGAUCCUGUGGGGACCAUUUUUCUAUAUGGUUUUAGUCCCUGCCAGAUGUGGCGGUCUUGGUUCUACUGGUUAUUUCAACACUGAUUCUGGCCAUCCAAGAGACCUCCCACCUAUUUCUGGAUUACUAACUUACUUUACCUCCAUAGUGACUUCUUCCAGUAUGCUUUUACUAACAUGCUACAUGUCAAAAAGUCACACUCACUCCAGACUUCCAUAUGUGUGGAUCUAAUAUUAACUGACUGCAAUUGUUCCUUUGCCUGAUCUUCAACACCUUUUGCAUUGCAGUGCCAAAGGUGAAGAAUGCAUGUGGUUAUCUCACCACUGUCAGAGCCAAGAAGGAAUUUGAUUUGUAACUUGGGGUAAGCUGGGAAAUCUGUUCUGCCACAAAGCAUGGCAAGAGGUGAGGGUGGCAAUAUAAUAAGCUAGGGGUUUAUUGCAAGAUUUAAAAAAAAA